AACUGAAAAUUCACUCUUCUCUUCUAUAUAUAUAAAAAGCAAAACCCCACAUUCCCUCUAUUAAAUGUUCCUUUUUAUCACACGUACUCUUCACUAUUCCAUUAAUAUCUCUCUCUAUUAUUUAUUUUUAAAUCUUCAAUAUUGAUGACCGCAUGUGCGGUGUGAGUAUCAGAUAGGAAACAUUAUCUGUUUAGCUUUAAACUUAAGCUUGAUACCUCUCUACGUUUUCUUACUAAUCCCUGUCCAUGGCCACUGUUUCCCCUUUCCCGCCACAAUUUCAGCACCCAAACACUAGUUCAAACUUCUCGUCACCAAUGCUUCAACCUUACUUAGAGCAACUAGAUGAGAAACACAAACAACAGCCUCAGCCACAACAAGCUGCUGUUGAACAGGUAGAUAAUGAUCCUAAGCAGAGUCACCUUAAUCUAUGCCCUAACCCUGGCCUCAUCAAUAAAUCAAUUUCAACUCUAUACCGUGUUUCCUUCAAUCAAAAUGGUAGCUGUUUCGCCAUUGGCACUGAUUGCGGCAUUAGUGUCUAUAGCUGUGACCCUUUCUGUGAGAUGUUUCGACGAUACUUUGAUAAUGGAGGUGGUAUUGGAAUUGUUGAGAUGCUCUUCAGAAGCAAUAUACUAGUCUUCGUGGGAAAUGGAGACAAUCCACAAUAUCCUCGAAACAAUGUCAUAAUUUGGGAUGACCAUCAGAGCCGUUGCAUUGGAGAGCUUCGUUUCAGGUCGGCUGUGCGCGGUGUGCGGCUUCGACGGGACUGCAUCGUAGUUAUACUUGAGCAGAAGAUUUAUGUAUAUAAUUUUGCUGAUGUGAAGCUCGUCCACCAGAUUGAGACAAUUUCAAACCCAAAAGGACUUUGUGAGAUUUCACAAACAGCUGUGUCACCUGUGCUGGUGUGCCCUGGGUUGCAAAAUGGUCAAGUUCGGGUUGAGAAUUUCACAUCAAAAAGGACCAAGUUUGUUUUUGCACAUGAUUCUAGGAUUGCAUCUUUUGCUCUUAGUCAUGAGGGGGAUGUGCUGGCAACAGCAAGUAUCAAGGGUACUCUCAUCCGGAUUUUCAGCACACAGGAUUGUUCAUUGUUGCAGGAGGUUAGGAGAGGUGCUGAUAGAGCAGAAAUUCACAGUGUUUCAUUCUCUCCAACUGCUCAGUGGUUAGCAGUCUCUAGUGACAAAGGCACUGUUCAUGUUUUUAGGCUCAAGGUCAAUCUGGGGAGUCAAGUUAAGCCUAAAGGUUCUCGUAAUUCCCGUGUUACCUUGGCUGCACUGACUUCACCGCUCCCCUUCAUCAAAGGAGUGCUUCCAAAGUAUUUUAGCUCAGAAUGGUCUGUGGCUCAAUUCAGAUUGCCUGGAGAUUCCGAGUACAUUGUUACUUUUGGUCAUGAAAAGAAUACAUUGUCAAUUCUUGGCUUGGAUGGAAGCUUUAUUAGAUGCAAAUUCGACCCAGCCUCUGGCAAAGAGAUGACUCAGUUGGAGAUUCACAACUUUCUCAAGUCCGAAAACUCCCCGUGAUGGAACAUUGGAUUGACCUUCCUGUCUAUGCAAGGAUAGUAUUUGCUUCCCUAGUCGUGGUAUACGCUGUUGUAUAUAGUGAUUUAGCAUGGUAAAGCUGUAGCGAUAACCAACAGUUUUGAACAAGUUGAUGUAAAGAACAUAGACUUAUUAGUAUGCUAACAAAAUAUAAAAUACACAGUUGAAUUUA